AUGUACAGCAAGGCGUGCGCUAUCGCCCUUACACUUGUUCUCCCUGCGACGGCGAGCCCUGUAGUCGAGGGGCUCGGCAUCCGUGUCCCCUUCCAGAAGCGUAGCGCGCUCGCGGACAGCCGGGGCAUCUUCGACUAUGCCAAAGCCGUUCGUCAGGUUGUGCAUGAUCACAACAAGCAUCGCAGCAACCUGCAAAAUGUCGAGAGACAUGUCGGUCGAGACGCCUUCAAUGAGGGCGCCGAUAUCAAAUCGCUCAUGGAGCUUCCCACACACGCUCUCGAGCGUCGCCAAUCUGAGGGUCUCAACGACGAAGAUCACGACGAGUUCUGGGCCGGCAACAUCGCCGUCGGUACCCCCGCGCAGCCGUUCUACAUAGAUUUCGACACCGGGUCCUCCGACCUCUGGUUCCCGUCGACAAAAUGCACACAGAGCGCCUGCUCCAACAAGCACAAGUACAACCUGUCCGUGUCCUCCACCGGAAAGCAAACCGACCGCCAGUUCUCCAUCCACUACGGUGACGGCUCGGCGGUGUCUGGGCCUGUGUUCACCGACACCGUCGGGUUCGCGGGGUUGACGGUCAAGGACCAGUACUUCUCCGCCGCCACGACGCUCUCGGACUCGUUCGGGAGCCAGGCGAACGACGGCAUCCUGGGCCUCGGCUACCCCUUGCUCUCUAACAUCCAGAAGCCGCCGUUCGUGAACAGUGCGAAGGCGCAGGGCGUGAUCAGGCAGGCCGCGUUCGGGUUCAAAUUGGGCAACGUUGGCUCAGAGCUGUACAUUGGGGGGACGGACAAAACACAAUACACCGGAGACGUCGAGUACCACAAUGUUGUGGGCAACACCGGUUACUGGCAGAUUGGCGGAGGACAGCUCACGAUCGGGUCCAAAAUCGUGUCUACAGGCAUCAAAACUGUCAUCGACUCGGGCACGACCCUGAUCUACGGGCCCCCCGACGCGGUCGCGAAGCUUUACGCAAGCAUCCCUGGCUCGUCGAUGCAUGGUGCGAACACUGGCUUCUACUCGUUCCCAUGCGACAAGGUCCCUUCAAAUGUCGCGUUCAGCUGGGGCGGUAAGCAGUGGACGAUUUCUGCCGAGAACUUCAACGCUGGCCAGAAAUCUCUCCUGGAAUUCACCUGCCUCGGGGCCAUCGUUGCGAAGGACCUCGGUCUCGGGGACAACGUGUGGUUGGUUGGUGACAGCUUCAUGAAGAACGUGUACAGUGCGUUCUCGUUCGAAAACAACGCGGUCGGCUUCGCUACGCUGAAGUAA